AUGCUUGCGUCUCUAUUGAAUCGAGGCGCCUUGUCGCUGGCGGUGGUCUCCCUUUUGGCGUCAACUGCAGCAGCUGAGGUAUUCGACAAGCUCGCCGCUGUUCCUGAAGGAUGGCGCUAUUCACGAACUCCCCGUGGAGACCAGCCCAUCAAGUUGCAAGUUGCCCUUGCCCAGGGUGACGCUGCCGGAUUCGAGCAAGCCGUGCUGGACAUGUCGACGCCCGAUCAUCCAAACUAUGGCAAACACUUCCGCACUCAUGAUGAGAUGAAACGUAUGCUGCAGCCCACUGCUUCCUCCGUGGAUGCCGUGCUCCAGUGGCUGAAGGAGGCUGGAAUCACCGAUAUCACACAAGAUGCGGACUGGAUGUCUUUCCAAACCACCGUCGAGAAGGCCAAUCACCUGCUGGAUGCCAACUUCCAGUACUAUACCAACCGCUACAAGCAUGUCGAGCGCCUCCGCACCCUGGAAUAUUCCGUCCCAGACUCCCUUGUCCCUCAUGUCAACCUCGUGACGCCUACCACUCGCUUCGGCCAGCUCCACCCCAACCGCAUGACCCUGCACGGCAAGGCCAAGGCCGCCGAUGAGACUUUCCGUAAGGCCGUGCAGUCCGCCAGCACCGAUUGCAACAGCGCUAUCACCCCGCAAUGCCUCAAAGAUCUGUACAAGGUUGGUGGCUACCAGGCUGAUGCUUCCAAUGGCAACAAGGUGGCUUUCGCUAGCUACCUCGAGCAGUAUGCGCGAUACUCAGAUCUUGCCCUUUUUGAGCAGAACAUUGCUCCCUAUGCCGAUGGCCUGAAUUUCACUGUCAUUGAGUACCACGGUGGCCUCAACGACCAAAACUCUCCAGCCGAUAGCAGCGAGGCCAACCUGGAUCUGCAGUAUAUUGUCGGUGUCAGCGCUCCUGUUCCAGUUACUGAGUUCAGCACUGGUGGUCGUGCGCCCCUUGUUCCGGAUCUGGAUCAGCCUGACCCGAACAACGUCAACAAUGAGCCGUACCUGGAUUUCCUGCAGAACGUCGUCAAGAUGGAUGACAAGGACCUACCCCAAGUUAUCUCCACCUCCUACGGUGAGGAUGAGCAGAGCGUCCCCGCAAGCUACGCCCAGAGCGUCUGCAGCCUCUUCGCCCAACUCGGCAGCCGUGGCGUCUCCGUGAUCUUCUCCUCCGGUGACUCCGGCGUCGGCGCAGCCUGCCUUACUAACGAUGGCAAAAACACGACUCACUUCCCCCCACAAUUCCCCGCCGCCUGCCCGUGGGUGACUUCCGUCGGCGCAACCACGCACACAGCCCCCGAGAAGGCAGUCUACUUCUCCUCUGGCGGUUUCUCCGACCUCUGGGACCGUCCAGCCUGGCAAGACGCGGCUGUCAGCAAGUAUCUCGCGGACCUAGGCCAGCGCCAAGCAGGCCUGUUCAACCCCAAUGGCCGUGCUUUCCCGGACGUCGCUGCCCAGGGCCAGAACUACGGUAUCUACGAGAAAGGCCGCCUCACCAAGGUUGAUGGCACGUCUUGCUCUGCACCUGCUUUCGCCGGCGUCAUCGCCUUGCUGAACGAUGCCCGUAUCAAGGCGUCACAGCCAUCUAUGGGUUUCUUGAAUCCCUGGCUGUACUCAAACCCCGGUGUCCUGAACGACAUUACUACCGGAGGAAGUACCGGGUGCGAUGGCAAUGGACGCUUCGGUGGCUCUUCGAACGGUAGUCCCGUUGUCCCUUAUGCCAGCUGGAAUGCUACCGAGGGCUGGGACCCUGUGAGUGGUCUGGGCACCCCGAACUUUGAGAAUAUGGUUAAGGCUGCGACCGGCCAGUAA